AUUUACAUAAGUACAAGCUGUCAGAUCAGAUAGUAAAAGCAUUGAAAAGAUGCUCUUCAAUCUCUCCGUCCCAUGUAAUAUACUAUUCUGCAUCUGCCUGCGUACGCGGGUUUCUGAUAAUCAAAGUGAGAAAUAAAAAUAAAAAAGAGAGAAAAAAAGAGGUAUCUCACCAAAACAUCAAUGGCUGAACCUGAAUCAAAACAAGCCCAUUUCAGCACCCUAUCAAAGGAAGAGAUUGGGGCUCUUGUUCAGACCAAGAUUUACUCAGAAAAUAAUCAUGACGAGAAGCAUCAAUCUUCAAGACUGGAGAAAGCAGCAGAGAAUAAUGUCAAGGCAAAGGCACCCAAUCUAAUUGAAAGAGCAAAGGAAGAGAUUGAAGCAAUCAUUCACCAUGGCAAGUCACCACUCCAUCAUCAUAAAGAAACUCAUGGAAGGAAUGAUGACAUUGAUGAUAGUACCCCAAUUGAUCAAGUCAAAGGUCCAAGCGUUUUCCAACGAGCAAAGGAAGAAAUCGAAGCCCUUGUUCAAACAAUCCAUCGUAAGAAAGAAUCCAGCAAUUCUGUGUCUUCUCCUAAGAAGGAAGGUGGUUUUGGAGCUUGUAUUGGGAAAGGGUUGGAAAAAAUUUGCUCCUUUAACUGGGGUAGUAAGAGAGAUUAAUUUAACAUUUUUGCAUAGCAAAAUUUUCAUAUUUGUUUGUUUUUGAGAAUGUACUAUAGCAUAGGAAAAAUAAAAUACAACUAUGAAUCAGUAAGAA